GGUUAUGUGAGUUCAACAUUAUUUUUGAGAAAGAUAUGCGCGCGCAGGUGGCGCGAUGUUGGUGCGUCAGAGAACCGUCAUCUCUUGUGAAGGAAAAACGAUGACUCCUGUCUGCUUCUGUCUGGACAUUCGCCCGGGACAGAUACAUUGACACGAAGAAAUAAAAGAAGUGCACCAGGACGUAAAUCCUAUGCAACCAGUCGUUGUUAAAUCUUUUACAUCGUUUCGACGAGAAGAUAAUACAGCAUUCCGUGCUAGUGACACGGCAAAGGAUUCAUCAUUUCCAGCCGGUGUUGCAUUCCUUUCGCCGUUCGCUCGGGCGGGCGAACGCGAGUGUUCAUUUAUCUGGCAAUAAUUUAAAGCCGGAAAUUAUUAUUUUUUCCAAAUAGGACAUGGUGGUGCGUGUGAGUGAAAACAAGGGUGGAAAAAGCCGUUCAAAUCAAUGUCGGCUUUUACUAUUCAAAUCAACAUCACCAUUCAUUCUUUUCAUCAUUUUGAUUACUCUAGUGAAUUUAUCAUUAUCUUCUGAAGAUUUAGGUGGAUGUCCAUUAAGACAAUUUCGAUGUGCGAACGAAAGAUGCAUACCAGUGUCUUGGGUCUGUGAUAAAGUUGAUGACUGUGGUGAUAAUUCUGAUGAAGAAUGCAAGGUUCAAGAAGAAUGUAAGGAGUCUGAAUUUAAAUGUAGCAAUGGCAGAUGUAUUCCUGGAAAUUGGCACUGCGAUGGAGAAAAAGACUGUCCUGAUGGAUCUGACGAAAAUCCGCUCGUUUGCAGAUCACGAGCUUGUGGUGAAAUGGAGUUCCAGUGCUCGCCAGGGCAAUGUAUUUCUAUUUCCUGGGUUUGCGAUGGACAGUACGAUUGCAUCAACGGGUUGGAUGAGAAAAACUGUCCAAGAGUUAAGAAUUGCACGUCGGAUCAAUUCACAUGUCGAUCGGGAAAUGGGGAAUGUGUGGCAUUGACGUGGAUGUGCGAUGAUACUCCUGACUGCUCCGAUGGCUCGGAUGAAGCUGAUUGCAAUGAAACAUGCCGAACUGACGAAUUUACAUGUGCCAAUAAACAUUGUAUUCAUAAACGUUGGGUUUGCGACAAGGACGAUGAUUGUGGUGAUGGAAGUGAUGAAAAAGAUUGCGGUCCAGUUACUUGUAAUGAUGGCACAGAUUUUACAUGUUCACCAACACAUUGCAUCUCAUCGAAAUGGCGUUGCGAUGGAGAUUUCGAUUGUCCAGAUCAUUCAGAUGAAAUUGGCUGCAAAGAUCCACCGCAUGGAAAAAAUAGUCAUUGCGCUGAACACGAAUUUGAUUGUGGCGAUAGGAUAACUUGCAUUCAUCAAAGUUGGGUUUGCGAUGGCGAUAAAGAUUGUUCAAAUGGCGCUGAUGAAUCAUUGGAAAGAUGUCACAACAUCUCUUGUAGAGCCGAUCAAUUUCAAUGCGGUGAUCGAUCUUGCAUAUCAGGUCAUCUUUAUUGUGAUGGAAAAACAGAUUGCGCCGAUGGAAGUGAUGAAAAAAAUUGUACAUCAAAUAUAAAAGCAUGUGAUCCAACAACUGAAUUUGAAUGCAGUCAGGGCUCAUGUAUACCAUUGAAAAAUGUUUGUGACAAAAAGCCUGAUUGCAUUGGUUGGGAGGACGAAAGUAACGAACUUUGUGGAAUCAAUGAAUGCUUAACAAAUAACGGUGGCUGUUCUCAAAUCUGUAUUGAUCUUCCCAUUGGUUACAGAUGUGAUUGUAAUCCAGGAUAUAAACUCGUUGACAAUCGAACUUGCGAUGAUAUUGACGAGUGUCAAGAACCAGGAACAUGUUCACAAUAUUGUUUCAAUGAAAAAGGCACAUUUAAAUGUAGUUGUGCAGCUGGUUAUUUACGUGAUCCGAGAAAUUUGACACGUUGUAAAGCAGCUGAGGGUCAUGCGAGUUUACUUUUUGCAAGACGACACGAUAUUAGAAAAGUUGCACUCGAUCGUCAGGAAAUGACGUCAAUUGUUAACGAUACAAAAAUGGCAACUGCACUUGAUUUUGUCUUUCGUACGGGAAUGAUAUUUUGGAGUGAUGUGAGCGAGAAGAAAAUAUACAAAGCACCAAUUGACGAGGGCAACGAAAGAACAGCAGUGAUUGAUCAGGAUAUGACAACGUCCGAUGGCCUUGCAGUUGAUUGGAUUUACAAUCAUUUAUAUUGGACAGACGCCGAGAAAAAUACAAUUGAAUUGGCAAAUUUUGAGGGUAAUAUGAGAAAAACUUUAAUAACAGAUCAAGUACAAGAACCGAGGGCAAUUGCCCUUAAUCCAAUAGAGGGUUGGAUGUUUUGGACCGAUUGGGGUAUUGAAGCGCGAAUUGAACGCGCUGGAAUGGAUGGUUCACAUAGAUCAGUAAUUGUUGGUACAGAAAUAAAAUGGCCAAAUGGCUUAACAUUGGAUUUAAUUGGAAAAAAAGUCUAUUGGGUUGAUGCAAAAUUAAAUAUAAUUGCAUCGUGUAAUUAUGAUGGUUCAGGACGUAGAACAAUUUUAUAUUCACCCGAUUCAUUGCGACAUCCAUUUAGUAUUACAACAUUUGAGGAUUAUGUUUAUUGGACAGAUUGGGAUAAAGAGACAAUAUUUAAAGCAAAUAAAUUCACUGGCAAAGAUGUUGAGGCAAUAACAUCAUUGAGAUCACAACAACAUCCAAUGGUGGUACAUGUUUAUCAUCCCUAUCGUCAACCUGAUGGAAUUAAUCAAUGUCAAGCGGUUAAUGGACAUUGUAGUCAUUUGUGUUUGCCUGCGCCGAAAAUUAAUUCACGUUCGCCAUUACUUAGUUGCGCUUGUCCUGAUGGUCUACGAUUAUUGCCCGAUGGACUCAUGUGCGUUGAAAACGUAACAACGACAGUUGCGCCUACGACAAAAGAGGUGAUUAAGCCAUUCAAGAAGCUUGUGCCUCUCAAUAUUUCCACAAGUUCUAAUCCAGUUAAUCCGGAACCAGAUGAAAGUAGUAAUUCAACAAAUGAACCGUCAGAUCGUGGUUUAGUCGCUGGAAUUGUGAUUGGAAUUGUUUCAUUAGGACUUUUGUUACUUGCACUUGUGGCAGUUUUAUGCUACAGGCAUUAUUUACAUCGUAAUGUCACAAGUAUGAAUUUCGAUAAUCCAGUUUAUAGAAAAACAACGGAGGAUCAAUUUAGUCUUGAGAAAAAUAGGUUUCCACUUCCAAAUGCAAGUGUUGGCGAAGAGGCCCAGGAGCCAUUGACGAGUCCUGGAACAAACGAUUACGUUUAAGAUUUAAAUGGUCUUCAAAAACAAAAACAAAAGAAAAGAAAAAAUGGGGCUCAGCAGGCUGAGAAGAUUUUUAACCCCGUGCAAUAAAAAAAAAUGAUCGCGUCCAAAAAAAGAUCUAAGAGAGAAAAAACAAAAAAGAGAGAAACUUUCGAGCGAUUACUCCUAAGUCUGCCGGAAUGCGCGCCUGCCUGCCAACUCAGCUGUGAUUAUGUUUAUUUUUUAUACUACUACGUCCUUUCCUUUUAAAUGAACUUGUGCAUGUCAUCCUUAUGAGUUUUAAACUAUACACAAUCGCGUUAAAGAUUUUGUUUUCUUCUUGCACAAAAGGAGGAGGAGCCUCUUUUGGCUAUAACAAUUUUAGAUGCCUUAUGUGGCUGAUCAAUUCUAAUUUGACAUUCGAUUUAAUGAAAAGACACUUUUCUUAAAUUGUAAAUACACUUUUCUAGAGAGAUGAGGAAAAAAAAAAAAAAAAAAAUUUUACUUCCGUGAUAAGUUGAAAAAAAAAAAAAACUCUGUAUAUAUUUACACGUUCGUGAACGUUAUUUAAUUUAAAUUAUUGUUAUAUUUGUACAUAAAACAGUAUUCGUUAAAAGAUCUGCGAUUUUUUUUUUUUUUUUUUUUUUUUAAUUGGAAAUUGUAAAUUUUACAAUUGUAAUCGUCUAAACACUCAAAUCCGAUAUUUUAAUUAUUCUUUUUCGUUGUGAAGAAACGAAUUCUUAAUUUAUGGUCCCAAAGAAUUUUUAAUUUUUAUUAAUAAUCAAAAUAAGGGAUUUUAAUUUUUAACGAUAAAUGACAUUAAUUUAUAAGAUUUUUAUUUUAUCUGUUAAAAUUAUUUUGCUAUACUAUUAAAUUUAGUAUUUAAGUUAUUUUGAUUUUUUUUUCUUUUUUCAAUUACUCUAUGGAAAAAAUUAAUUUCCAUAUUUUUUUUUUUUUUGUAAAUUUCGACUAGUCAAAAUUACCAAAUUUAACACUUAGAGUGCAAAAUUAAUUAAGAAAAGUAUUAAUUAGUUUAAAAAUUAAAAAAAGAAAAAUUUGUCAAUUUAAAAGAAAAAAAAAAUUCCUGUCCUAUCGGUUUUGAGUGAUAAAUGAUUUUUUUUUUUAAUUAAAAAAGGCGUGUUUCUCCUUUUGUGCUUUGUACACGAAGCGGCACGAGCAGCGCUCCUAGCACGUCCAAACUUUUAAAAUUAAGAAAUUUAAAAAAAAAAAUGAAAAAAAUUAUUUAAAAAAAGCUGCUCGUGCUUUCUCAUGGUAGAUUUUAUUAAAUGCCAUAAAGAGCUCAUACUUAAUAGGAGAAUUUUGUUAAUUAUUGUAAUAAUAAUAAAUAAUAUUAAUAAUAAUAUUAAUAAUAAUAAUAAUAAUAAUAAUAAUGUAACAGGUGACAAAUUAAUUAGAUGUAAUUAAGAGCAGCUCAAUGACACUAAGUGUGACUGUGCGUCUGUUGAGGGGGAAAAAAAAAAUCUACAUGAAAUUUUGUUUAUGUCGUAAAAAAAAAAAAAAACUGUUUCCGACUUUACUCAACAUAUUAUACUUUCUUCGGGUAAUGUUUCAAAAGAAUGCUUCUAAAAUAGCGAAUCAAAUUCGAAAACUUGAAACGUCCAGUGAUUUAAUGUUUCAAUCACUAACUUUUUGAAAAAAAAAAUUAUUUCGCAAUUUGUCGCAUUCUUUUAUAGAAUUAAGCGGCACUCAUGAAGAACAAAUUUUUUUCUUUUCAAUAAAAAUAAAGCAAGACCAAAUUCGUACGCUGGUGCCAUAAUUUUUCCCCCCCAAAAAAAAAAAGGAUCUGCUUUAAAGAAUCGAGUCUUGCUUUUAAUUUUAAAAUCGUCUUCCGACAGUUAAAAUUAAAAUUUUUAUUUUAAACAAAAAAAAAUUUAAAUAAAUGCACUUUUAAAAUACCAUUUAUUAAUAUAUAAUCUAUAAUUGAAAAUGUUUUAAAAAAAAUAAUUUUUAAAAUUAAUUAAAUUAAUAAUAAUUAAUUAAAUUUUUUUUUUCAAUUUAAAUAGAUAUUAAAAUAUUACAUUUUUGUUUGAAAAUAAAAUUCAUAACUGUUAAAUUAAUAAACAAUGUCUCACGAAUUAUGAAUGUAAAUAUUUUUAUUGUUUAUAAAUUUGUUAAAGAUUUUAAUUUUUUUUUUUGUUCAAUCAUUUACAAAUUUGUUCUUCGCUAAUUAAAAAAGAGUGUAUUAGAUCUGCGGUUAUAAAAAAAAAAAAUUAUUAUUUAAGCAUAGAGGCUCUCCCGUUUAUUUUAAUUGAAAAAAAAGUAGAGAGUGUGGUGAAUGAUAGUCACAAGAUUGUUGCGCGCGAAUCGUAAAGGGAUUGAAACCUUAACGUAGCCAAUUUAUCCGCCAAAAUUGUGUCAAACAUAAUUUCUAUAAUGCAACAUUACCAUUAAAAAAAAAAAAGAAAAAAACACAAACACAUAUACACACAAACGUAUAUAUAAAUAUAUAUUAUAAUAAAAAUAAUUGUAUAAAUAAAGAAAUGAAAAAUA